CAGCCGAGACUUAGAGAUGUCCUUGAAAACGUUGAGCUCCGGGCAGAGGGGUCACCGGAACGGACACUCAGUACGGUUCAUAGGCGAUGAGCUACCGAACUACAGAUCCUUGGAUUCGUCCGAGUCGAGUCCACCGAACUAUGGCGGCUCUUGUCCCGGAAACGACUCGGGGGCCGACAGUCCGGGCACGUGCACCUACCAGCCAGCCGCCCAGAGAUACCGGCUCAACGAACAAAGAAUCAAACUCCUCACUUCGAUCAACCAGGUGGUCCAGCAGAGAGCUGAUCUGGAGUCGAACCGUGUGACCUUGAGCGGUUUACUGGACGAACUCAAACGGAAACUGAAGAGGCGAAUCGAAGAGUGCCACUUCGAGAAAAAGGACAAAUUGAAGGCGCUGAAGCAAGCGAACCUUCGGCUCGAGAAGGAAAAGUUCAGCGUCAUGUCGGAGAUAGACCACCUCAAACGACACCUGGAGAAGGAAACGUCGCAUCACGUCCAACACGCCAGAGCUGCCGUGGCGCAGGCUAUCCAAGGCAUAGUGACGAAGGUACCGCCGCCGGAGAGCCUAUUCAACAACUGCUCUGUGUCCGACCUACCCAAUAUGGUCAGCAGGAACGUCGCGAAGAAUGCCCCUUCGAGAAUCGCUGACAACAAGCUGGCUGCCGCACGUCUGAUGCGCGACAUCGCCGAGCUAAGACAGCGAGUAGCACAAGUCGAGUACCGGCUAGCCAAUGAACUGCGACGCAAGAGGCAGGCUGAGCUGGACAUCGUGCGUCUAAGGAAGGAGCUAUCUGCUACUAAAAGCUGUGUUGCAUCGUUGAGAUUACCACCACCGCCAAUGAGGGCCCAGUGCUCUAAAUUCGCUUGA